GGAGCUGUCCAACGUGUUCUGGAGCGUGGGCGAGAUGCUGCCCGAGGGCCCCGCCACUGGGGAGGCCGUCAUGGCGGCCGAGGCGAUGGCGGUGCAGAGGAUCAAGGAGUUCAGCCUGAUGGACGUGGCGGAGGCGCUGUGGGGCCUGGCCGCCUGGGGGGCCCCCGCCGUGAAGAGCCCGCUGGUGCCGGAGCUCCUGCGGAGGCUGAGAUACCUGCCGUCGCAGGCGGACUACGCAGCAGCCACCAAGGGGCUCCCGAAGAUCGCCUGCGCGCUCGUCCGGCUGGGCAUCUGGGAUCCCGUCGUGAUGGACGAGAUUGCCUACCGCCUCAUCCGGGACAUCGGCCAGCUGAGGCUCUGGAGCCUCGCCGCCACGUACUGGGCCUGGACGCGGCCGUGCUCCGAGCCCCGGAGGCCGACCAGGACUUCCGAGCGCUGCGAUAGUCGAUCUCGCGAGUACGCCGCGCACAACUUCAUGCGCGUGCUGGAGGAGCAGGUGGAGAUGCGAGGCGUCACGCCGGAGGACAUCGAGAGCAGCCCGGCAGGGCCCGGGAUCAGGCCCAUGGCACCCGCACGGAUGCUCGGCGAGUGAGCGGGCGCUUCCAGGCGCGCAGUCUUGUCCUCGUCUUCGCCCUCCUGCUCCUCCUCCUCCUCCUCUU